AUGGAGAUAAUGAACCGGGUAUUCCAAGAUGGGCUAGACAAGUAUGUGAUUGUGUUUGUUGCUGACAUCCUGGUUGACUCAAAAUCUGAGGACGAGCAUGUGGUACAUCUCAGAAUGGUAUUGCAGUGGUUGAGAGAGAAGAAGUUGUGUGCAAAAUAUAGCAAGUGUGAGUUUUGGCUCUCACAACUAGCUUUCCUAGGCCUUGUGGUUUCAGAUGAAGGAAUCAAAGUUGAUCCAAGCAAGGUAAAGGCUGUAAUGAAAUGGGAAGCACCAAAGAAUGCGGGAAAGAUCCAUAGUUUUCUAGGAUUGGCUGGUUAUUAUCGGUGCUUUAUCGAGAACUUCUCAUACAUAUCAGCCCCCAUGACCCAAUUGAACCAAAAAGGAGUGAAAUCUGUUUGGUUUGAGGAAUGUAAGAAGAGUUUCCAGUCUUGA